GUACCCUUUAGACUGACUUUGACUUUUCUUCUCCAUCUAUUCUCCGGUUCUUAAUUCUCUUACAGGAAAAAAAGAAAUGGAGACCCAAAGUUUGUCUCUUUGGAUAUUUGUUUCCUUUUAUGAGUUUUCCAAUAUAAUUUGAAUCAACUGAAUACUAUUCUCAUAUCCCCUUUUCUUUGUUUCCUCCAUUUUAAUGGUGGGGGAAUUUUGAAAGUAUCGAUUUUGGUGAAUUCGAGCAGAGAACUUCAAAGGGGGAAAAAGAGAUUUGAAAGAUUAUAUUUUAAUCCUGUAGGUGUUUGUUGAAAUGGGUAGGAGAAAAAGAAGAAGCGUAUUUAAUGUUGAUGGAGUUAUGGACUUUUUCAACAAUGUCAUGAUGGAGAAGCCUUAUCUUCCUUUGUUGAUCCCUUUGGUUUUGAUGUUAUGGGCUUUGGAGAAAUGGAUUUUCUCUUUAUCUAAUUGGGUUCCUCUUGUUCUUGCUGUUUGGGUAACUGUUCAGCAUCGUAAUCAUCAACAUCGAAUGGCUGUUGAAGACUUGAAUGAGAAGUGGAAGCGAUUUGCACUAAGUUCCUCGCCAAAAACACCAUUGGAGCACUGUGAGUGGCUAAACAAGCUUUUAAUAGAGAUUUGGUCCAACUACAUAAAUCCAAAGCUUUCAUUAAGGUUUCAAUCCAUUGUUGAGAAACGCUUGAAACGUAACAAAUCAAGACUUAUUGAAAAGUUAGAAUUGCUGGAGUUUUCACUAGGUUCGUCUCCACCUUGGUUGGGUCUUCAAGGGACUCGUUGGUCAACUUUUGGUGAUCAGCAAGUUAUGCGCUUGGGUUUUGAUUGGGACACAACUGACAUCAGCAUUAUGUUGCUUGCCAAGGUGGCUAAGCCAUUCUUUGGAACUGCAAAGAUUGUUAUAAAUAGCCUUCGCAUUAAGGGUGAUCUUCUCUUGAUGCCAAUUCUGGAUGGGAAAGCAAUUCUGUACUCGUUUAUAUCCACUCCUGAAGUUAGGAUAACAGUUACCUUUGGCAGUGGAACAGAGCUGCCAGGUGUUUCUUCUUGGUUGGUUAAACUUUUGACUGAUACCUUAGCUAAGACAAUGGUUGAACCUCGUCGUCAAUGUUUCUCUUUAUCAGCUGUAGAUUUAAGGAAGAAGGCUGUUGGUGGUAUUGUUUAUGUGACAGUCAUUUCUGGAAAUAAACUUUCUAGGAGUAGCUUAAAAGGAAGCCCAUCAAGAAGGCAACCAAGUUCUGGUGUAGAUGGUUUACGAGAGCACUCUGAUGAUAAAGAUCUACAGACAUUUGUUGAAGUUGAGUUAGGAGAGCUAACCAGAAGAACAAAUGUGAGGCCAGGUUCCAGUCCGCAAUGGGAUUCGACAUUUAACAUGAUUUUACAUGAUAAUACAGGAAUCGUUCGAUUCCAUCUCUUUGAGCAUACUCCUGGCAGAAUGAUGUGUGACUAUCUAGCAAGCUGUGAGAUUAAGAUGAGAUACAAUACAGAUGAUUCCACAACCUUUUGGGCGAUAGGGCCAGACUCGAGUGUAAUAGCCAGGCAUUCUGAAUCUUGUGGCAAAGCUGUUGAAAUGGUUCUUCCAUUUGAAGGUGUCAAUAUAGGGGAGUUGGCAGUGAAGCUUGUGAUAAAAGAAUGGCAAUUUUCCGAUGGUUCUCUUAGCUUCAACAACCUCCGUGUUAGCUCACAACCGUCACUGAACGGGUCAUCAAAUUUCCUUCCAGGAACUGGAAGGAAAAUUAUUGUAACAGUUGUGGAAGGGAAGGAUCUUAUUACGAAAGACAAAAGUGGAAAGUGUAAUCCAUAUGUUAAAUUGCAAUAUGGAAAGGUUCUUCAGAAAACAAAGACUGCACAUUCUUUUAAUCCGGUUUGGAACCAGAGAUUCGAGUUUGAUGAAAUAGGAGAUAACGAAUAUCUGAAGAUAAAAUGCUACACUGAAGAGGUCUUUGGAGAUGACAGCAUUGGCAGUGCGCAUAUAAGUCUCGAGGGAUUGGUAGAAGGGUCACCGAGGGAUGUGUGGAUCCCUCUUGAGAAAGUGAAUUCAGGAGAACUAAGGAUCCAGAUAGAAGCAGUUCGGAUCGAUGACUAUGAAGGAUCAAGGGGUUCUUCAUAUUCUGGCAAUGGUUGGAUUGAACUUGUGCUUAUCGAAGCAAGAGAUCUCGUAGCUGCUGAUCUAAGGGGGACAAGUGAUCCAUAUGUUAGGGUGCAGUAUGGAAACUUGAAGAGACGAACAAAGGUUAUGUACAAAACAUUAAAUCCUAAGUGGCAUCAAACAUUGGAAUUCCCCGACAAUGGCAAUCCUUUAGAGUUGCACGUGAAAGACCACAACGCGGUGCUACCGACAUCGAGCAUAGGUGAUUGUGUUGUAGAAUAUCAGAGAUUGCCUCCAAACCAGAUGGCUGACAAGUGGAUACCGCUUCAAGGGGUCAAAAGGGGAGAGAUUCACAUUCAAGUUACGAGAAAAGUUCCGGAACUAGAGAAAAAACCGAGUGUCGACCCUGAUACAUCCUUGACAAAAGCUCAUCAAAUAUCGAGCCAGAUGAAACAAAUGAUGAUCAAGCUUCAAUCUUUAAUCGAUGAUGGCAUCCUCGAAGGGAUUUCAACUCCACUCAGUGAACUCGAAGCUCUUCAAGAUAUGCAAGAAGAAUACAUGGUACAGCUCGAAACCGAGCAGAUGCUUCUACUGAACAAGAUAAAGGAGGUCGGUCAAGAGAUGUUGAACUCAUCGCCUUCUCUCAGUAGAAAUUCGUUUGGAAGUUGAAGCCAAUCUUUACCAUAUUCCGAUAUUACACGUCACGAUUAUCGUUCCACCGAUAUAGCUUUUGCUUACUGAUAACAUCAUGUACACCAAACUCAACAUAAUAAUCUUCAUAGAGUAGCCUGCAAGCAAAUAGCAUGGAUUGUAUUAAGGGCUACUGCUAGUUUAAGUCAGUUCAAAUAUAAAGUGGUAGAUAAGGUCAUGUAUUUGUAUUCAUAUUUGGUUAGUUUAUGGGUCGAAAGAAGCUAAAUGCUGAAAAAUUAAGUAUUAAAUUUAUCAGAAUUUGUAUUAUAAAAAUUAUUUGAUAUAUUGAAAAUUAUUAUUUUCACAA